AUGGAUCGUCAAGCAGGUGGAGAGCCGGUUCUCGGUCGUCCUUUGACAAUCACGAUUGUCCCUACAACGGGAAGAACAAGAACCCAACAGCACCCAGAGAAUACAGAAGGACCUGUCACUCAUUCUUCUUGGGCCGAUCCCAACCUUACGACAGCCUACGAUCCAUCGCAUCCACAGGAUCAUCGUUCGUAUGUCCGACACUACCCGUUCACUCAGCUUGAUCAGCCGACUAUCACUGCGAUGCCUUCGACUUAUCAACAUGUCGACCAACAUCAGCCGAUCCGAUUUCACCUUCUGCAACACCUGUUGUGGUCUUCCAGACCCAUUAGGACAAGACGAGAGAUCGAGCGGAUGAUCAUGGUGGAUAGAAUCGAAGCGAGCACCAUCCACAGGGCCUUAUUGAACAUGUAUAGAAACCCUCUAUCCUCCCACAGAGUGCGUAGGAAGGUCCGUAUCGAUUUGAAUGUUAGUGCGUUAGCUGUGACGAGGGACGAUAAACGAAUACAAGUUCCUGUGUUGGGUACAACCAUGAAUGGAGAUGGGGUGAGACAAUUGGUUGUUGACGAGGCAAAUCCGAAUGAACAUCACGGAUAUCUUUUCAGUCGUCCACAAGAUCCAAAGGAUUCAGAGGAUGAACAUCUGUCUUUUGCUCAGAUUGCAAAGAUGGGUACAAUUUUACUUAGGAAUAUUGUUACGAUCCUCAAAAAACCGAUGGACGACAAUAUACGAACACUCUUACAUGCAUUAUGGCAUGGACUAAACCAUUUCGUUCACCUGGUUUUAAACAAUCGAAUGGUCAUGUUUGAAGAUGACUUGUUCAUGUUCCUACGACAGAUCGAUCCUAUUUUGGCAUCUGCCCUACACCCUUUCCAAGUCGAAGGACCUUUAGAUGGAUCUUCUUCCACCCAACCUUGGCCUGCAGUGCAUAGUCCUCAAAAUGAUAUUCCAAAGUCAGUAAACAACGCCUUGCACGUCGGUCCUAUCAGCCAUGUAGCUGUACAAGAGGCAUCGUCGAGAUUAAGAGGAAGUGUGGGAAGAGAAGAAGAAGCUGUUUCCGACCUUCUCUCAUUAGCAGACCCAUCGAACGGUCAUUCCAGGACUGCGACUCAACCAUCAACAACUCCAUCUGGCAGAGACCAUCAUCCAAUGCCGCGACCGAGUCCAUACCGAUACUGGAAGAUCCGCGAGGAGCCGCAUGCGAUCGAGGUAGCCGAUAUCCCUUCCUCUACCGAGACUUUAAUUAGGCAAACUCCCGGGGAUUACAGUCGAUAUACCAAAACACCCUAUCUGACACCGUCUAAAAGACACGCCGAUACGUAUACCGAAAAGGUGAUCGAUGGAGUGACGAAGAGGCUGAAGAUUAUGGAGAGGAAAGAAGGGGUAGAUAGGUGA